UAAAUUGAUAAAGAAUUGUGUCCCGUUACAACGCGGCGUCUUUAUCUAAUUACUCUCUCUUCAUUUGAGAAAUCUAUUGUAUCAGUAGCAAAUCCAGCCGCCGGGUGCAGAAAUGGAUAUGGAUUAAUGGACAUACUCGUUUUAGGGAAAAUGAGAAUAAAAAAAGAAAGACGACCCACUGCUAUCAUCAGCGUUAUCUUAUUGCAGAAUAAAUUAGCUCAGCAAAAAAACCCUUUGUCGAAAUUACAAAUAGGUCAACAGCUUAACCUGAGCUUUUGUUUCUUUCAUCAAAAAAAAAAAAUGAAACACCUUCAAAUAGUUCCGUCUACAGUGUACCCCACGCUGUUACAGGCCGUUGCGCUAUGCCUGUUUGCUUUUUUUUUUUAAUGCUUUGCCCUCCACACGCCUAUAUAGCCCACGACAGCCAAAUAAUAAUGAAUCAUUUCAUAAAUAAUGGGUUUAGGGGCUUAUCGGGAAUGAAGAGGCCGCUGCCGUGCGCUUAUCUCACUCGGCCACAUUGCGGCCUGUGUUCCGCUCCCCGUACUGAGGCACCGCAGUGGAUGCAGUGAGGAAUAACUCAGCUACACACACACACACACACAGCUCCACAACUGGCAGAAAAAAAAGAAAAAAAAGACCUCAGACAUGGAUGACCCACUCACAAAAUGGCUCCACUUACACAGUAACAUCAACAACACGACUAGGACGGACGUAGUGGGCUCGAGCGAACGGUGACGGUAUAAAAAUGAUGGAAAAACGGCAGCCGGAGUUUCGCCCUGGAAGUCCGGAUGAAGAGUCCGGUCCUGGAAAGCGGGAGGACUCUUCCAUCGUCUCCCGACUGAACGGAUGCAAGAAAGAAGAGGAGCCGAGGAGGGAGGCGGGGGAGAAGGGGAGGGGAGGGAGCUUCAAGGGGGUUGAGGAGACGGAUGACGCUCCUCUGCAGAACUCGAGCAACGGGACCAGCAUCAGCAUCAUCAUCAACGGCGUUGCCAAGGAAACUGCCUCUCACAACGCCCUUGACCUGAAAAGGGAAGUGCCGGUGAUCGAGCUCUCCAGGAGGGACGCUAUAAAAGCGCUGGAGCAGAGGACUGAAAGCCAUUUGGUGCCGAUCACGGAACUUCGCAGACCUCCACCGCUGCCGCUACCGCCGCCGCAACGAGACGACGCUCGAAUGGUCCAACUGAGCCCAAACGCGUUUCCUGUCCCGGCCCGGGCCAUGCUCUACAACCUGGCGCAGCCUCUCGCCGCCAUCAACAGUCUCGGAGGGGAGUCGGAGCAGUACAGCAUGUACCCCAGCAACAGGGUAAAGCGCCGCCCGGCGCCUUAUGAGGUUGAACUCGACGAGGGUAGGCGCAAUUUAUAUCUUUAUAAGUAUGCUGGCCAACCAAAAAUUGUACGUCGUAUCUUCACUAACAGUCGGGAACGCUGGCGGCAGCAGAACGUAAACGGGGCGUUUGCCGAGCUUCGCAAACUCAUCCCGACGCAUCCCCCGGACAAGAAGCUGAGCAAGAAUGAGAUCCUGCGGCUUGCCAUGAAGUACAUAAGCUUCCUCUCCAAUCUCCUGGAGGACCAGGACGGCGGGAGGAAUGGUGGCACCACAACGGAUGGUGAAACAGCGCUGCUGGUUGGAGUCGGGGCCCACGAGGGCGGCCCUCAGGGUGGUCCACAUCAGGACACGGUGGUCGGCUUGGCCAGGGACGAUCUUCUGGAGACAAUGUCGCCGGGCUCGAGUUGUGGAAGCCUGCCUGAUGGUGAUGCCGAGGGCAGUCCUGAGAGCUUUAUGGAGGACCAGGACUCUCCUCCGGCUCCGAGGACUCUAACAGCUUCACGAGGGCCCGCGCUGCAUCUAGCUGCUAGAGAUCUGAGGCGCAAUGGCCGGCCCUUAGAUGGCUCUAGUCGCCGAUGAUGCCGAUGCCAACGGACCACGGACGCAACGCCUGAGACUGAAAUGCGAGGGACUGGAAAGGCUGUGUCUAUGCUCAGGACCUGUUAGCUUUGAGCUGUAAAUGUAGGAAAGAGAGUGCAAGCUGCAUCUAAUGAGAUAGUGGUGUACCCUCCUGUCUCUGCAGUACACCUAAGGGAGCACUGACUAUUUGAUUGGUGAAUGUUUAAGUUCGAUCCACAAAAGACUUUUUCUGCAUGCGGUUUAUGCUGUCCAUGUUUUUUUUAAAGUCCAAAGGCAGGAUAUUAUAAACCAACAAAGUGAAAAAGAAAAAGGAAAGAAAGAAGAUGCAAACCAACCAAAUCAACAAAUGAUCAAUCCAGAGACACUCGGCAAAGGUUUUUUUUUAAAUUUAAUAUAAAGGUUUGGACCAAUGCUUCAAAUAGAAUACUAUUGGGUAGAAUAUAACACGGCCAAACACAUGAGAUUUAUGUCCAACAAAUGUUAUGAGAAUAAAGACACAGACUGGACUCUAUUGUACCCAUUGAGAAAUGUAUGUAUUGUAAAUAGCUUAUAUUUCCAUGGCACUAUGUAACAACGGUGACUCGAGUUCAAGUAAUGUGGUUUAAGAUGUACUAUAGUGUGUUUGUCAAUUGGUUUACUAGCAAAACGGUCCUUUGGGAGGCAUGAAACGAAAAGGAAGAGAGACGGAACGCAGAGAACUUGAACAGUAAAGAAACAACUGAACGCAGUACAUCAAAUGUGGUACCAUUGACUUCUGUUACGCUUUGGUGAUUAAAAGACACCGAAUACAGCGACAGACAGUUAAACAUUUUCACUGCCGGGAAUGAAUAUAUCUAUUAUCAAUUUUGCGGAGGUACAAGACAUGCAGUGUUUUUUAAAGUGUACAAAAUAUGGGUCAUAUGAUAUUAUGGAAUGACUCAUGCAGUCAUUUUGAUAUGAAUGUUUCAGUGUUUUUUAAAACUGUAAUGCAGUUGUAGUUUAGUAAGGUACACAAAUAAAUCCCUUCAUUGCCGCAUACAUAUACAUGUGCACAGAGACACGCACACAUGCAGUGUUAAUAUCAUACCAACACCAGCAGUUUUCUGAUUAAUACAGUUAAGGUUUGUUCACAGUUGGUUAUUCUGCAUUUUCAGCGGGACCUAGUAGCCUAUAUUGGUACCUUUGGUAACUAUGGUAUUUUAUGAAUUGCAGUAAAGGGACAUUGUAUGUUCGGUAAUGAUAUAUUUGGUGUAUGAUAGCUGUAUCUAUAAAUAUAUCCAAUGUUAAAUUGCUGAAUUUUAUACAAAAACCCCUGAAUAAAACAUGCAGAGGAAAAGCCUUGUGAUUGAUCUCUCUCAAGCAAUUUGUAGAUUACUGUAAUUCAAGGCCACUCAAUCCAGUCCUGUCCUUUGAUUUUUUAUAUUCUGAUUAGUUCAAUAUAAUUUGGUUAAAUUCAGUUAAAGGCAAUUCAAUUCCUUCCUUGGAUUAACUGAACAUAUACAACUGGUUGACCACAUUUAUACUUUCAUGGCUAUACUUUUUACACACUCCAUUAUUAUCGCAUUGCCUAAUUGUCAAAACCGUAAUGUCACCAAUGACAUAACAUGCCACACAGCUGUUUCACACCUUGUCUGCACAGAUUGUAGAGGUGAAACCACAACCUCCUCACAAAAGUCCACACAUGAGCGCUGGAAUCCUCACUUCCACCCAACAAGUGACAACUUCCCGUGGAGGUUAACAUAGCUCGGUGACCUGCAGGAUAUCCUGCCAUUGUGAAAGUGGUUUUGACAGCCCUCGCUGCACUCGUUUGCACGCUGUUGUGUCUGUGCACAUUGUGAAACCCCCACAGUGGUCGGCUCUUCGCCUGAAAGUUAUUCACUUACGUAAUGAAAAAGUUAUGCUCGCCAACCGGUGUUCAU